AUGCCUUUGUUAUCUCAAUAAGUCCAUCAUCAUCUCUAGUUAAACUAAUUUAUUAUCUUCAUUAUAAGUAAAAAUAAAGAAAUUACAAAAACUAAUAAAUGUUAACCAAAACAAACUCAAAAAUUCUAUUUAAAUCCAAAACAAAAUAGGAUUUCUCCUUCAAAAAAUCAAGGACCGGCCAUUGUGAUUUCUGAUUCAGAAUCAUUUAAAAUUAAUUUGACUUCAUCGUAAGAUAAAUCUUCCAUUCUAAAAGAAAGUCCAAUUGUAAUUUCUAAGAAUAGUUCAUAAAUAGAAAAGAAGUUAACUAAAGGCCUUGGAAGAAGAAUAAAAAAAUUCAAAAAGAGGAAUCUAAAUAAACAUAAUAGAGAGUCAAAAGGUUUCAAAAAAACUAAGGAAACCAAAUCUAAACUUCCAAUUAAAAAAUUGAAAUAGUAAAAUCAUAUAAUUAGACAGUAAUAGCUGUUGAGUUUCAACCUGUAUUAGUUGUAGAUUCUUUAAAUUCAGUCAUUAAAUAAGACCAGGAAUGAUAUCAAAAUGUAAAAUUGA